AUGUUUCAGCGUCUCCAUACCAUCCGUCAGGGAAAUCGAUCUGUGGCUGACUACUCUACUGAAUUUUUUUUACUUCUCAAUCGAGUUGAUAUACAAGACUCUGAGCGUCAACUGGUGGCACGGUUUACAGCAGGAUUACGACAACAGAUCCAACACACAAUCAAUCUCUUCCAUCCAUCAACACUGUCAGAAGCACAUCAGCAAGCUUUGACUAUUGAGGCGCAAACUAAAUUAUCCUUCUCAUCAUGGUCUACUGUUCGUUCUUCUCGACCAAAUCAGACUCCGACUGCGACAGAUGACGCUAUAUCUGUCAAAGCAGACACACCCAUUGUUCCAGCUCUUGACACUCGACAAACUCGACCAAACUCAAUUCGUUGCUUUUCUUGUGGAGAUUUAGGUCAUCGACAGUCUUCCUGCCCCACUAGAAACAGAAGAGGCCUCCUCCUUGACACUGCUGGUAAUGACGUUGAAGUAAUUUACGAUGAGGAAACUACAGAGCCACAGGAUGAAGUAGAGGUUCUUAAAGCAUAG